AUGGCGACGACCGCGCUCCUCGCCCCGACGCGCCUCGCGUCUCCCGCGGGAGACGCGACGACGCGCGUCCGCCGCGCGCGGACCGCGACGAUCGCUCGCGCUCGUCGUGAUAAUCUCCGAAAGGCACCGAUCGCGGCCGCGGCGGCGUCGUCGACGACGACGACGGAGCUUCCCCCUCCCGCGCUCGCGAACCCGGACGCGUGCUCGCGCGCGAGCGACUACACCUCGCGCCGAGGCGCGGUGCCGUACAAGGACGCGGCGGUCGACGUGGACAUCAUGGUGAACGACGGCGCGAGAGCCGCCAUCGCGGCCGCGGGCGCGGAGCGAUUCGUGUCUCUCAUCGAUCCGUCCAACCCGAAGCUCCUGAGGUUGCUGCGCGUCAUGGAGGACGGCUGGGACGCGAUCGGCGUGCGGAACAAGAACGCGGGGCACCAUUCGCUGUGGCCGGAGGCGUUCGAGGCUGGGCGGUCGCUCCUCGAGGAGGCGUUCCCGGAGGAGUGCGACCCGAAGUUCGGCGGGGAGGUUCUCUCCGGCGUCGCGUUCGUCGGCGACGACAUGAAGGACCGCGCCAUCGAUUUCAUGCAACGCCGGCCGAAGACGGACUUCACGAUGUCCAAGUACAACCCUCUGGGCCGCCUGCACCGAGACCCGGACGCGAUCGACUACAAGCAGCCCGGGUGGAUGGAGACCGCGAUGCCGGGAAGUGCGCCGUUUGGCGCGGAGGAGGAGGAGGACGGCGCGUACUCGUACAGGUACUACAACGUCUGGCUCGCGAGGACGCCGCUCGACGCGUCGGGGCAGGUGUACGAAAACCCGCUGUGUCUACUCCUCCCCAGAGACGAGGGCGCGAAGGAGUGGGACUACGAGAUACGCAAACCGGAGGACAACGUGGGCGCGAAGGAGGAGACGAUCGGGGAGAUGAUGGGCCGCGCGGCGAAGAACCCGCUCUCCGCCGCGCCGAUCGUGAUGUCGAUGUUUUCGACGAGACGGGGACAGAAGAAGGAGGACCAGUUCGAGAAGGCGGUGAUCGAUUCGGCGGCGGACUUGAUGCGCGCGAGGCAAGACGCGAGCAAAGGCCGCGUGAGCAUGGAGCUUCGAUUCCGCGCGCGGUGUAAGCCCGGCGGGCGCGAGGGCGUGCCGUUUUCGCCGCUGUCGAGCGCGUACCGGGGGGGCGUGUUCACCCCGGACACGGUGCGACCGAGCGGGGGGGAGUACGACCUGGAGAAGGGCACGACGCGAUAG